CAAAACAACGAGAUUGGAGUUCUCAAGAGAAAUUUAAGUUUAGUUCUUUCAUGGGAGUAUAUUCAGAAGUCAGUGAUGUCUGAUGAAGAGAGUGACCAGAGUGUUUAUGAGCAAGGUGAGCUGAAAUCCAGUCCUGAGCGGGAUGAUGAAGAUAAUGAAAGUCAGCUGUCCUUAUCUGUCCACUCCCCAGAGGCAAUAGAGGAAGUUGAGGAACUGGAUGACAGGUUAGAGAAUAUCGAGGAUGCCGAUGAACUAGAGAUUAAACCUCCACAGAACUCAGCCAUUAGGAAAGAACGAUCACACAAACGUAAACGGAAGGAUAAGCAGAAAGACAAACCAAGAGAGAGACACAGGAGCGAGCGGGAACGACUGGGCCCCAUCGAGAGAGACAGAUCAAGGGAAAAACGACCAAGGCCUCGUGUUGAGCGAGAGGUGUUCAGGGAGAAGGAGAAAGACCGGAAAGUGAGGCUAGAGGAGGAGAGCCGAAAACGAGAGGAGUCCAGGAAGGAAAGAGAGAGACUAGAACGAAUUGAGCGUGAACGUCAGCGUGAGAGACGUGUUCGUGAUGAUAGGGUAAAGCCCCCAGAUCGUGGCUCAAGGAAAAGGAAAGAUGAUGACAGGCUGGCACCCACCAGGGAGACAGAUUCUCGGCGGCAGCGUGUUGUGGACACAGGCAGCAGAAGAGAACGAAGUCGCAGUCGCGAGAGGAGAAGGAGAGAUGAAUACAGGCGAGAAGAGCGAGCAGUAAAAUACAGGUCCCCAAGAGAUGUUGGCAUGCCCCGUGGUCCCCACACUCCUCCGGAGCCCCCUGCAGACACAAGAGAGGAGCACCAUUCAGAUGAGGAUGUCAUAUUGUUAGAUGAGGGUCUAGAGGAUAUGGAUGAUCACGAUGUAGAAAGUGACGCCCAUGAAGAUGACUCUCCACAUGUUUCGCCACAACAUUCUCCACCUAACUCGCCACAACAUUCCCCACGCCAUUCUUCACGACAUUCACCAGAACAUUCUCCAAAUGAGGGUAGCAUUAAGUCGGAGUCACCUUCAUAUUCAGCGAGUGGCUCGGAGUCCAGUGCUAGCAGUUCUCACGGAUCUCAUCACAGCCACGAUGAACCGGAGCACUCACAUAACAGAUCUGCAGAAAAAAUGCGGUCCAAAUUUGAUGACCAAUCAGAAUCUGAGGUUGGGAGUGGAUCGGAAGGUACACCUGAGCAAAGCGACUCUAAUCAGCCGACCUACCUAGAAGACACGCCCCCAGAAUCUCCUGUCCUGCUCAAGCCAGUCCUGCCUCCGUACCUGCCAGCCAUCCAGGGCUGCCGGAGUGUAGAAGAGUUUCACUGUCUGAACCGUAUUGAGGAGGGCACCUAUGGAGUGGUAUAUAGGGCCAGGGAUAAAAAAACAGAUGAAAUUGUUGCUUUGAAAAGAUUGAAGAUGGAAAAAGAAAAAGAGGGCUUUCCAAUCACAUCAUUACGAGAGAUUAACACCUUGCUGAAGGCUCAGCAUGUAAACAUUGUGACUGUGCGGGAGAUUGUGGUGGGGAGCAACAUGGACAAGAUCUACAUUGUCAUGGACUAUGUGGAGCAUGACCUCAAGAGUCUCAUGGAGACCAUGAAGCAGCCGUUUCUCAUGGGUGAAGUGAAGACACUCAUGAUUCAGUUGCUAAGGGCAGUUUCUCAUCUACAUGACAACUGGAUCCUCCACAGGGACCUCAAGACGUCUAAUCUUUUGCUCAGCCAUAAAGGCAUACUGAAGGUGGGUGACUUUGGUCUGGCUCGGGAGUAUGGAUCGCCCCUUAAACAGUACACCCCUAUUGUCGUCACACUGUGGUAUCGCGCACCAGAGCUGCUCCUGGGAGCUAAGGAGUACUCCACAGCUAUUGACCUGUGGUCAGUCGGAUGUAUAUUUGCGGAGUUUCUCACAAUGAAAGCCCUUUGGCCAGGUAAAUCUGAGAUCGAUCAAAUCAACAAGAUAUUUAAGGAUCUUGGAACUCCAAACGAGAAAAUCUGGCCUGGCGUGGGCGAUUUGUCAGCAAUGAAGAAGUGCACUUUUGCGGAGUACCCAUAUAAUACACUGCGACAACGUUUUGGAAGUUACCUCACUGAUGCUGGGUUUGAACUCAUGAACAAAUUUCUUACGUAUAACCCAGUGAAGCGGGUUACAGCAGAUGAUGCCCUGAAGCAUGCCUUUUUCAAGGAAUCACCUCAGCCGGUGGAGCCAUCGAUGUUCCCGACGUGGCCGGCCAAGAGCGAACAGUCACGUAAACAUGUCAGUUCUCCUAAACCUCCAUCUGGCGGGAAGGCAUACGCUAAACUACUGGGUGAUCAAGAUGAGGAGGCUGUUAUCAAGGCUGGGGGAGGAUUCCACAUGGGAUCAGCUUCGAAAGGGGCCUCAGCUAUGGGACCUGGCUUCAGUCUGAAAUUUUGAAACUGACUUUCAAUAACGUGAAGAAGAUUAGCUAGUAGCAAUGCUUAUCUUCAGUCUUCAUGACUGGCAGCUGUUUGCCGAGGAACAGUUCACGGUCAAGCUCUCAGAUGUCCCAGGCUAAGAUUAUGCUCAUCACUUCAACUCCCAGUGAGCUGACAGGAUUGUGCAAGUUUUGCAUCACUGGUUAUAGCCUCAUAAAAGGUUAUGAAAGCCUGUUAGAGAUGUAGCUGGUCUUGUAUCAGCAUUGAGUGUAAAGUGCUUCUGCUGUGACUGUGCUGACUUCAGGUUUACAGGGCUGCUGCACACUAUCUGUUGAUGCAACUGGUCUGUCAGGGAGUUGCAAAGACAAGGUUAAAGCCUUUAUUGGCCACUGACCCACUCCUCAGAUAUUAAUUGUGAAAAGGGGAUUCUUAAAUGAAUUAAUGUCACUCUACCACAUGACAGACACUCAUUCAGCGAGUAUGUCAUCCUUGAAUAUGUGCAUGUUGCAUCCUGCGGUGAUGCCGCUUUCAUCCCGAAUUGUGUGGUUGCCUUGGGUAGGGAAUUUGUAAUCUGUAAUUUGAAUUUGAGUCCCUCGUCCUCAGUGUUUGUGGGGUCUUGAUGAUAUUGGGUGACAGCACUUGUGUGGCUGUUUGUACAGUGUAAUAUUCAUUGAAAACCAUGUGUUCCACGAAUAUGGUGUGCAUAUCUGUACGUAACAUAUGAGAAAGUCCCUCAGUCACUUGCCAAAGUUCUGUGGUUUACUUCAGGCACUACAAUACUGAAAUGUACGGGAUAAAUUCUUCAUUCACAAAUAAAUGUGUGGGUCCACUAAGGCUCAUUCUGCUAACAGCUGUCAAGGCAGUGAGGUGGUAUGUUCAAAACCAUCUCUUGUUAGCUCCUGGAACAUGAAUGUUUCCCCUGAUUGAAGGUAGAAAAAAAAGUUUUUUUUUUUUUUUUUAGUGUACCAGGUUUUGUUGAAACUCAGCAAUGGUUUUCAAAAAUUCAUGAUUGUUCUGUCAUUUAAAUCAUCAUCAGUUAACAUCAGUUUUGUUAUUUUAAAGAAGCACCAUAACUGGUCAGUAAUGCGGCUAAACCAUUGAAUCUCCGGUAUUAAUAGUCCUUAUUAUAAACAUUGGACUGGUUUCCCAUGCUGUCAAACACAAUCAAAUGUGGUUAGCAUGUCAGCGCAGUGCAGUGACCCAGGAGCCUUUCGCCAAUGUGGUUGUUGUGAGUUCAAGUCCAGCUCAUCCUGGUGUCCUUACCAGCAACCUGUCAGCAACCUGUCAAUGGUUGUGGGAUUCCCUUAGGUUCUGCCUGGUUUCCUCCCACCAAAAUUCUGCCAUCGUGUAAGUAAAAUAUUCCUGAGUAUGGCAUAAAAUACCAAUCAAAUACAUAAAUAUAUAUAACUGAAAUUAUCCAAUCAGCAAGUAGCUUUUGUUUUUUUGGAACCAAGCAUGAGAAAUCUUGUGAUGUUUCCACGUCGUUAUAUGGGAUAUUGUGUUCCUUGUUGAUUGCUGACGAGGCUUUCACAUAAACAUAUAUUAUCAUGAAGUUCACACUACAGUUGUUGGUGGUCUUAUGUUUUUUCUCAAAACACAUUCUACAUAAGGUCAUUUUGUAUAUUGUUGAUAAAUACAUGUAAAUGUAUAUUACACAUGGAAGCAUUUUCAUUUGUAAAUAAAUAUCAUGAUAAC